GACAUACCGCGGAGCGCCAACAUUAUUUUUGUUGUGUAGACGGCUGCCCUGUCCACUGCGUCCGCACCUUGUGGCUUUGCGUGGAUUUCAAGCCUUGGUUGCUAGCAGCCGCAGUUGGACAACUUUUAACGCGGCUUUCAGCGUCUCAAAAUCACUUUGGACUAGUGUUCUCCAUUAUCAGUGAGAGACACGUAGGUCACAGGUCAUUUGUGGAUACAGUUUUGGAUUGGAAAGAGCGUGCAGGAUGUCGGGAUCAUUGCCAUUCUAUCAGAAACACCACCGACACUAUGAUCGUGGAUAUCGUAGUCGGGAGACCCAGUCUGCUAUCAGCCAAUACCAGCAGAGCGCCAACAGCUACUCCUCUCACAGCAGGAGCAGCUCCCAGGGCAUUGCAGCCACCUACUCUGCUCUGGAUGAGAGCAAGCUGAGUCCCAUGCCCAAGCGGGCGAAGCCCACCUACCUGGCCAUGGAUAAGGAGAACCAGAUCAUCGGCUACGUAGUGCCCAUCUUCAGGGGCAGCCACGAGUUUGAGAGCGGGCUUUCGGACACGGAGGAGGCGCGCUUGAAGGAGAGCUCGGCCUACAUGGCCCGCCGCGGCCUCUUCUCCAGCGACAUGGAGACGGAGCGCAGUGAUUACACGUCCCGCCGCACCAUGAUGAGGGAGUCCGCCGAGCGCAUCUCUCUCACCAAGAGGAUCCAUGACAACGAGGAGCACCACAAGCGUAUGAACGAGGACAACCUGAUGCAUACCCCCGAGUUUGUGAUAAAGCCGCGCUCACACACUGUGUGGGAGAAACAGUGUGUGAGGCUCCACUGCACUGUGUCUGGAUGGCCCGAGCCCAGAGUGGUCUGGUAUAAGAACAAUGUCAGCAUCGACCCUAUGACUGACCCCGGGAAGUACAAAGUGGAGAGCAAGUACAAUGUCCACUCACUGGAGAUCAACAGAUGUGACUUUGAUGACACGGCACAGUAUCGCGUGUCGGCCAUGAACAGCAAAGGAGAGCUCUCCUCUUUCGCCUCUGUGGUCGUCAAGAGGUUCAAAGGUGCAGUUGAGGAGUCUCUUCCAGUUCCCAGUCAAUAUGGCUACGUUUGUGAAUAUGGCAUCACCUUUGAGACCCACAUUGUGGAGAAGUUUGACGUGUCGUUCGGCCGUGAGGGCGAGACCAUGAGCCUGGGCUGCACGGUCAUCAUCUACCCCUCUCUGCAGCGCUUCAAGCCUGAGAUCGAGUGGUACAGAGACGAUAAGCUCCUGACUCCAUCCAAGUGGGCUCAGAUGCAUUGGAGCGGAGACAGAGCCACGCUCACACUCACACACCUCAACAAGGAGGACGAGGGCCUGUACACCCUCCGCGUCACCACCAAGUCUGGUUAUCAGACACACUCUGCCUAUGUCUUUGUCAGAGAUGGCGAAGCGGAGGUGGCAGGCGCCCCUGCUUCUCCUCUGGAUGUGGUGUGCCACGAGGCCAACAAGGAUUACGUCAUCAUCUCCUGGAAGCAGCCCGCUGUGGAUGGCGGCAGCUCCAUUCUGGGUUACUUUGUGGACCGGUGCGAGGUUGGCACCCCGCACUGGAUCCAGUGCAACGACACCCCGAUGAAGUUCGCCCGUUACCCCGUCACCGGACUGGUGGAGGGCCGCAGCUACACCUUCCGUGUGCGCGCUGUCAACAAGGCUGGCAUGAGUCACCCGUCCCGCGCCUCUCUGCCCGCCGCCGCCAUGGAUCCCGCUGACCGCGCCCGCAAAGGCACCUCCGCUCCCUGGACUGGCCAAAUCAUUGUGACAGAGGAAGAGCCAGCAGAGGGUGUGAUUCCCAGCAAACCAGGUGAACUAACUGUUACCGAGGCAACAAGGAACUACGUGGUCCUGAGCUGGAAGCCCCCUGGCGAGAGAGGCCAUGAGGGUAUCAUGUACUAUGUGGAGAAGUGUGUGGCCGGCACAGACAGCUGGCAGCGCGUCAACACAGAGAUCCCUGUGAAGUCCCCCCGCUUCGCUCUGUUUGACCUGUCCGAGGGGAAGGCGUACAGCUUCCGUGUGCGCGCCUGUAACUCUGCAGGCGUGGGAGAACCCUCCGAGCCUACCGAGGCCACCACUGUUGGAGACAAGCUGGAUAUCCCAUCAGCACCUGGUCGUGUUGUCCCAACUCGUAACACAGACACGUCUAUCGUGGUGUCAUGGGUGGCCUCUAAGGAUGCUAAAGAGCUGGUUGGAUAUUACAUAGAGGCCAGCAUCGCUGGUACAAAUGUGUGGGAGCCCUGCAACAACAAACCCGUUAAAGGCACAAGGUUUUUCUGCCAUGGCCUUAUCACGGGUGAGAGCUAUGUGUUCAGGGUCCGGGCUCUGAACGCAGCAGGGCUGAGUGAAUGCUCCCAGGAAUCGGAGGCCAUCGAAGUCAAAGCUGCCAUUGGGGGCGGUAUUCCUCACGCCUCCCCUGAGCCGCCCUUCGGCAUCAGUGUGCUGGAGUGCGUCAGAGACUCUAUGGUGCUGGCCUGGAAGCAGCCGCCUUUCAUUGGAGGUGCUGACAUCACCGGCUACUUUGUGGACUACCGUAAGAUGGUCGGUGGAGUGCCAGGAAAAUGGCACGAGGCCAACAUCAAAUCUGUCGGCGAGAGAGCAUACAGGGUGUCAGACUUGCAGGAGACCGUUGAUUACCAGUUCCAGGUACGCGCCGCAAACAUGGCUGGCGUGGGCAUCCCAUCUCUGCCCAGUGAGAUCUUCAAAUGUGAGGAGUGGACCAUCGCCGUACCAGGACCACCCCAUGACCUCCAAGCCUUGGAGGUGCGGUCCACGUCCCUGGUACUUCUGUGGAAACCUCCGGUGUACCAAGGUCGUGAUCAGGUCAACGGGUACUAUGUUGACAUCAAGGAGGCUGCGGCGGGUAUCGAAGCUUGGAGAGGUGUCAACGAGAAGGCCUGCCUCAACAGAUACCUGAAGAUCAACAUCCUGAAGGACGGAGAGACGUAUGUGUUCCGUGUCCGUGCGCAGAACAAAGCUGGAGUGAGCAAGCCCUCAGAACCGACGGAACCGGUCCUGGCUGAGACUAAACCAGGCACAAAGGAAAUGGUGGUAGACGUGGACGACGACGGUGUGAUUUCACUCAACUUUGCAUGUGAUUCACUCACGCCGGACUCGACCUUCAUCUGGUCCAAGAACUACGAGGAGAUGACUGAUACUACACGCAUGACCAUCGAAACCAAAGGGGGCAAGUCCAGGGCCAUGUUUAACACCCCAGACAUGGAGGACGUCGGCAUCUACUCCUGUGUGGUCUCACACACGGAUGGCUCAUCUGGCAGCUACACUCUUACUGAAGAGGGGCUGAAAGAACUUCUGAAAAUCAGCCACGACCACAAAUUCCCCAUUAUUCCACUGAAGACAGAGCUGGCUGUGGAGCUGCUGGAGAAAGGCCGAGUGCGCUUCUGGCUGCAAGCUGAGAAGAUCUCCGCUAAUGGAAAAGUAGACUAUGUUUUCAACGACAAUACUAUCUCCCAGGGAGAGAAAUACAAGAUGAACUUUGACAAGAACACCGGUGUGAUUGAGAUGUUUAUGGACACUCUGGCCGAUCAGGAUGAAGGAACAUUCACCUUCCAGAUGCAAGACGGAAAAGCCACCAACCAGUCUAGCCUGGUGCUCAUUGGAGAUGUCUUCAAACAGCUGAAGAAGGAGGCCGAGUUCAUGAGGAAAGAAUGGAUCAGAAAGCAAGGUCCUCACUUUGUGGAGUACUUGAGCUACGAGGUCACUGAAGAUUGCAUCGUGAGGAUCAGGUGCAAGGUUGGAAACAUAAAGAAGGAAACUGUUGCUUUAUGGUAUAAAGAUGGACGUGAGAUCCAGGCAAAUGAGAAAUUGGACUUCAGUGAGGGGGUACUCAACCUGGAGAUCGCACAGAUCUCUAAGAAGGACGCAGGAGUGUAUGAGGUGAUUCUGAAGGAUGACCGGGGAAAGGACACUUCCACGCUCGACCUCACAGACAAAGGGUUCAAAGACCUGAUGAACCAAGUGUUUGGCGUGAUUGCAAACUCAUCUACCCCACUGAAGAUCCAGAGCACUGAGGAAGGCAUCAGACUGUACUCCUUUGUCAGCUACUACAAUGAUGAGCUGCAUGUCACCUGGCAUUUCAAGGAUGCACACAUCACUUUCAGCGACCGCAUUAAGAGUGGUGUGGUUGGAGAGCAGCUGUGGCUGCAGAUCUCAGAGCCUACAGAGAAGGACAAGGGCAAGUACGCCAUCGAGUUCUUCGACGGGAAAGGAGGCCUGCAGAGGACCGUAGAGUUGUCUGGACAAGCAUUUGAUGAUGCCUAUGCUGAGUUCCAGAGACUGAAAGCGGCAGCCAUCGCAGAGAGAAAUCGUGCUCGUGUUGCGGGUGGUCUACCAGAUGUGGUCACCAUUCAAGAGGGCAAGGCCCUCAACCUGACCUGCAACAUCUCGGGCGACCCCGUUCCAGAGGUCACCUGGCUGAAGAACGAGCGGGAGAUGGUGUCUGACGACCACUACAUCCUCAAGUUCGAGGCGGGCAAGUUUGCCAGUUUUACAAUCACCCAAGUGAACACGGCUGAUUCCGGCAAGUACAGCAUCCUGGUGAAGAACAAGUACGGCACAGAGAGUGCUGAAUUCACCCUGAAAGUGACAGAAAGCCUUGGUGAUUUGGGCGGGACAACUUAUCUGACCGAUGCUGAUGGCAAUGUGAUAGUUGGACAGCCACCACCAAAGACACCCAAGGCAGCAAGCCCUAAGCCCCCCAAGACUCCUACACCUAAACCACCCACACCCACACCAAAAUCCCCAACCCCACCCACCCCUACGUCACAGACCCCAGUUCCAGUCACCCCUACACCCGAGACUCCAACUCCCCCAACCCCAACCCCAACCCCAGAGGUUCCUGAUAGCUCCGCACCACCGACCCCAACCGCCACACCCACACCUGGUGAUGGACCCAAAGAGAAGAAGAAGAAGAAGGUGACGAAGAGAAAAGACUCUGUAGUUCUGAAAGCCCCUGGUGGAAGCAAGGACGCCACCCCCGAGACAACGCCUGCGUCCACACCCGCUGCCACCCCUGUUCCACCGGAGGAAUAGACACAGAUCUACCGGAGGGGCAAAAGAGACUUGGGACGGAGAAUCUGUUGGAAACAAGAAAGUGACAAAUAUGUGGUUUCUCACUGAGUGACCUACAUAGACUAGAUUGGUAAAUGGUAAUGCAACAGUUGGGUAUAUGGAGAGGCUGGCUGUUGCUCAAGAAAUAUUUCCUCACUUCAGUAUGCAGAGAUUUUUACACAAGCAUAGAUUAGUUUUGGUACAAGGUACAGCUAAACCUGAACUGAAGAUUAUGUGAAGCAUAUUGUGUACUAUGCCCAGUUGCAGUGAGAUAGAUUUGAGGAAUCCUCUAAAUAAACGUUUUCUUCUUAGUUCUUUUGGAUUAUGAGACUUGCCUCAAAAUAAACUGCCAACAGAGGGA